UUGAUUCGACUGAUAUGGAUGGUGUUAACAACUCCUCUUUAUAUUUUCAAGAGCCACUUGCCAAGCCACCAAAAACAGACUUGAAGCCCACAAUGACUAAUUCUCAGAUGUUGAACAGAGGGGAUAGUGACAGCGGAUCCUCCAAAGAGCCCGACAGUGGUUCAGAAAUAGACAGUGAGAGAUCAAAACAGAAACGUCAUAGGACAAGAUUUACACCGGCCCAGCUGAAUGAACUGGAGAGAAACUUUGCUAAAACACACUAUCCUGAUAUUUUCAUGAGAGAAGAACUAGCUUUGAGAAUUGGUUUAACAGAAUCACGAGUCCAGGUUUGGUUUCAAAACCGAAGAGCUAAAUGGAAGAAGAGGAAGAAGACCACAAACGUGUUCCGAACACCUGGGGCUCUACUACCAUCACCCGGAUUACCUCACUUUGGUUCUAUGAAUGAUGGUCUUUGUGGUUUUCAUCCAUCAGAUACUCGCUGGUCUGGAAUGUCAAGUAUGUCCGGAAUGACAAAUUUAGGAGGAUCUAUCAACGGAAAUCCCCUUACUUUUCCGUCAUCCUUACAGAGACAAGGACUUGGACAAGGAUUUGGAUCACAAGUAUCAAUAGCAGGCCUGGCUGAUGCUGUUAAUGUGUCACUUGGUAAUAACCUCAUGCCUAAUGCAAGUUCUAUUUAUAAUUCCAACUAUGGAGUCCAAGUUGCGAGUUGUUCUUCUCCCCUACAGUCAAAUUCAAACUCGCCACCGGCGAUGUCAAAUACACAGAUGACGUGUGGAAUGCAAGAGAUAGGAGAGGCUUGGCGAGGAUCAAGUAUAGCGUCAUUACGUCGGAAAGCAUUAGAACACACUGUUACCUUAUCAGGAUUCCGGUGAAAUCUCAACUUUCCAUAAAUAUUACCGUAACAUUUUAUUUCUGUAUAUAUCCAUAGAUUCAAAUGACUUCUUUCGUAUUGCUAAGGAAUAUAACAGUGAAAUUUGAGUCGAAAUUACUCAAGAUUUUGUGGUUUAUUUUUCUGUUCACAAAUUCCCUUUUAUUUGUAAUUUACGGAAUUGAACUUAAAAAUACAAGAGUAUAAAGUAUUUGACUACAAUAGUUGUAAAACAUUUAGUUAAGAUUGAUAUAAAAAAUAAUGGUGCAACUUUUAGCGAUCUUGCCGACAUAGUAGAGGUUAUCAUUUUUGUGAUGUAAAGGGUACAUCUUUUGAGAUGACUCUUACAAAUGAAUUGUAGUGCUAUUAAUAUGUUUGUCGUUCAAUGUAUGUGCUAAAGGUAUUGUAAAAUUCUUUAUCAAUGACAGUCAAAUAAGCAGAAAAUAUAUCUGCAUACAUUUGCGUCCUGUAAUUUAUUGCCAUAUAAUUUCGGUAUUUAUUUAUUAAUUAUUUAAUGCAAUAAAUGGUAAUAGCGGAUAUUUAGAUAGAUAUAAUACACGAGAAGUGAUAAAAACGCAAGCAGGUGAAAAUUUCCAUUUAAACCAAAUUGAGAAAAUACACUUAAAGAGAUAAAGAAGUGUUAUAUACAUUAUGUUUUUACCAAAUAUCAUUUUUACCAUCACUAAUGACACUUACACUAUUGUCUUCUUUGUUGUAAAGAUAUAUUGUUUUGCAAUAUUCACAGUUUGUCCAUAGGAAAGCUGUUUAGGGCUAACAGUGGAAUAAAGCAAAUAUUUGUGUACAUUUUGGAGAACAUAAAAACUCUUAGAAUAUUUUCACAUUUCCGAUAUAUAUUUCUGUUUAUAUCUGUGCCAUGAGGUUUUGUGUAUAUCUUGUUUAAAACGAUAUUUGUAAUUUACUCAGUAGGAUCAUUGUUUAAAUAAUUGUUUUCUACUGUGUAAAACUGUAAUAAACAAUUGACUAUAGAAAAAA